AUGGAGGCCACAAACGAGACCUCGGUAUUCCACAAGUUCCAAUGCCUCCCCCCGGAGCUGCGCGUCAAGAUCUGGAAGGAGGCCCUGCCGGAAGAGUCAGACGCGACGCUGUUCGCCCACAAGCGCUGGGACUAUGUCUACUGGCCGCAGGAAGGGAUGGACGACGAGGUCAAUUUCGAAAACAUAUCCGAGUCCUGGACCCGCGCCAACUUCAGGGAGGAUGACGUCCCGGCCGUGCGCAUGGCGCCCCUCCUGAACGCGAACCGCGAGGCGCGCCGCGUCGCCGUCGCCUGGGCCCGCCAGCACGGAUACAAGAAGGCCAAGCGCGGGGCGGGCGACGGCGACGGCAACGGGCCGGCACCGCUGGUCAUGAGGCGCCGUGUCGACCCCGCCGUCGACGCCGUCUACUACCCGACCGCGGAGGCCCCGUCGGCGCGCUUCCAUGAGGCCCGGGACAUGAUGAUGUACAACGAUCCCAACGAUGACGAGGGGUCCUUCGUGUCAUUCGUCAAGGCCGUCGCCUUGCCCCGGGCAAUGAUCGAGGAAGUGAGCAUGGAGACUUGGCGGCGAAUCAAGCUCAUGCACCGUCGCUGGGACGUCCUGUACGUUGUCCUAGGUCCGCAGCCCGACAACCUGGCCGGCGGCGUGUGGGAGUUGCAUCACCAUCCCGUCUACGGGCCGGGUUCUCUGGUCUGGGACAUGGAGGCCGGUGCGUUCUACAAUGCCCAGGGUGGAGAUGUAACGGUGGACGGCGAUGUUUCUGCCGUGGUCGACGCCGUUGCUCGGGCACUGGCCGACGUGGCUGAUGACGUGACAGACAUGGAGCUUCGCCUGGCCCGGGCUGUGAGGCGCGGAUAG